AUGCUCUUAUUUCUGGAUGAUGAGGUUAUUAGAAAAGAACUCCAUUCUCCAACUCUGAAAAUAUCUACUUGUGCCCCAAGCACUCUACAUAUAACCCAAAAUACUGAACAGGAACUCCAUUCUCCAACAGUGAAAGUCACUACAUAUCCACAGACCACUAUUAGGAGAUAUAUAGUACAAAAUCCUGAACAGGAACCACUGUCUCCAUUCCUAAGAGGAGGCCAUUUCUUCCCAGGAAAUAAUGUUAUUUAUGAAAAAACAAUAAGAAAAGUAGAGAAGCUGAAUACAGAUCAAGAAUGCUAUCCUCAAGUUCAAUGUCAUCAUCACAUCAUCCAACAACCCCAGAUUAUCCACUCUCCACACUGUCAACAAUCCCAUUCUAGUGAGCAUAUCCAAACUAUCACAGGAAAUGACUCAAUUUCUACAAGCACUGGCAAUGAAUUAUGUCAUGGUAUAUCAAGCCAGGUAUGUGAGCAGGUAAUAAUUCAGGAUGAUGGCCCUGAAAAAUUGGACCCCAAAUAUUUUGGAGAAUUGCUUGCUGAUCUCAGCCGUAAGAAUACAGAUCUGUAUCACUGCCUGUUAGAACAUUUGCAGAGAAUUGGAGGAAGCAAACAGGAUUUUGAGUCUACAGAUGAGUCUGAAGAUGUUGAAUCAUUAAUUCCUAAAGGAUUGUCAGAGUUUACAAAACAGCAAAUUCGCUAUAUUCUGCAGAUGAGGAGUAUGUCUGAUAAGUCACUAAGGCUAGUACUAUCCACAUUCAGCAACAUACGGGAGGAGCUUGGACAUCUUCAAAAUGACUUGGCAUCACUAGAAAAUGACAAGAUAAGACUUGAGAAAGAUUUGGCCUUCAAAGAAAGUCAAAUGAAAGAGUAUGAAGAACUUUUGGCAUCAGUAAGAGCAAAUAAUCGCCAACAGCAGCAAGGACUUCAAGACUCAAGCUCAAAAUGCCAGGCAUUGGAAGAAAACAUUCUCUCUCUUCGUCAUACACUGUCAGAUAUGGAAUACAGACUAAAAGAACUGGAAUAUUGCAAACGUAAUUUAGAGCAAGAGAAUAAAAACCUUAGAAUGCAGGUUUCUGAGACUUGCAAAGGCCCAAUGCUGCAGACUAAAAUGGAUGAGAUUGGUAACCAUUAUAUGGAGAUGGUAAAGAAUUUGAGAACAGAGAAGGACAGAGAGAUCUGCAAGCUAAGGUCCCAGUUAAACCAGUACCAAAAAGACGUUUCAAGAAGAGAAGGAAAUUGUAGUGAUUUCCAAUUCAAGCUUCAUGAACUGACAAGCUUACUGGAAGAGAAGGAUUCCCUUAUAAAGCGUCAGUCAGAGGAACUCUCAAAGUUGAGACAAGAAAUAUAUUCAUCUCAUAACCAACACUCCAGUGGUGGAAGGACUACUAUUACCACUAAAAAGUACAGGACACAGUAUCCAAUACUAGGUCUCCUUUAUGAUGACUAUGAAUAUAUACCACCAGGUAGUGAUACACAGACUAUUGUGAUUGAGAAAACAGAAGACAAAUGGACUCGCGUAAGUUCACUUGCGUAUUUCUAG